AUGUCGCAGAAAGAAAGACCAAAGUUUUAUCGGCAGGAGGUGAACAAGACGAUUUGGGAGGUACCAGAACGCUACCAGACGUUGUCUCCAGUUGGGUCUGGGGCCUAUGGAUCAGUUUGGUAAAUUACGCUUUUUGUCAUAUGUCUGCACAGAGCUAUAGCCAUUAAUUUCUACGAGGCCUGCAUAGACGCUAAAGUUAGCUUUCCAGCUAAAUUAGCUAGCUACAUUCAGAAUAGAACGCUGCCCGGCCGUGGGCCCUCUCGAUUCUCGAACUGUGUCAGCGAGAGCGAACGAGCAUGCGAACUUGCCCCAACCAGUCUAUGUUCACACAAUAUAAUAACAUUAGCCAGACGCACCAUUCGCUAGUGUUGCGGUAUGACAUGUUGCCAUGUCCCCAGCCACGUUUGCUAACUACGUGCACGAUUUAAAUGUGUCCAGCUACUUUUAUAGGUUGAUGUUGUAUCUGUUUAUCUGAAUAGCAACAUCCCUUUGAAACGUAUGGCUAUUCAAAUUAUGAAAAUAUUAUGCAAAUUAAUAGCCACAAAGAGCAGGAAACUAGCAGUUAUUGUUGCCAUCUAACAUCCAAUUGUUUUUUUCCUGAGGUGUACCGAGUGUUUCUGUUAUGUUCUUUUCUACUUUGGUUGGGAAAUGCAUUUAGACCCAAAGUUUGCAGUUCUGUAGUGAAACUCGUUGUAGCUAAAGUGGCUAACUUACAUCGGUUGUUAAACCUCCACACGGUGAUGCCACUUCAUUCUGUAUGCCAUGAUGACUAAUAAGCCCAGAAUAGGUCAAACCAAACUACUUUAACCAGGAUAUAUGGCUCACUGAUUUACUGUCUUGACUACUGGGCGUUGCAGGUUAGCUUUUACAAAACGCUGCAUAGAUGUCUCAACUAGAACCUGCUCUUACAAUACUGUCUUCAUUCUUGAUUUGGGGAAAAACGUUUCUUAUAAAUGUCCAGUUGCAGGUGGGUCUACAAAAACCAGAGAUAUUAAAUCAAUGUGUUGUAUCUAGUGAGAAAUGCCUCUUGCAUGUGUGUAGAUAUUUUUUGGUCGCAGUGUAUGAUGUCUGUUUUCUACUUCUACACGUGGCCACGGCAGUGUUGCAUAGAAACGACUAGUUCCUGCAAAUAAACUGGGAAAUGCUAGAUCUGCAGCAGCUAAAAUGGGAGGCACAACAUCGAACGGUACAAAACAUGGAUUUAACAUAUUUUGUACUUUUCUCUGGUUUUUGUAGACCCACCUGCAAAUGGACACAGACAUUUAUAAUAUACCUUUUUCCCCAAAUCGAGAAUGAAGACAGUAUCGCCAAGAGCAGAUUAGUUGAUACAUCUAUGCAGCGUUUUGUAUAUGCUAACCUGUAACGCCCAGUAAUGGAAACAUAGUUAUCACAUAUCUGCCAUACAAUCUGUAGCUAUGUCUUGCUCCUUAGAUGAUGAGGUAAGGGGAGUGUGUGUGGGGGGAUCCCUUUGAAGGACAUCAAAGUUAUCUUGCCCUUCUUUACACUUUUGACAUUAUGUUUUACCAUUUGAAUUCACUUUUACUGAAGUGCUAGCUUGGGCCCAGAUCUGUUUGUGCUUUUGCCUACUCCAUUGUCAAACUAAGCAUUGGCGUGACAAUUCCAUAAGGCGUUGGCAAGAGAGAAGAAACAUACUGGCACCCAGGCUAGUGAAGUACUGGUAGGCAUAUGUUUACUUGAAGAACAAUUUACUUACUAUGACUGAGAUAUGUGGUUGUCCCACCUAGCUAUCUUAAGAUGAUUGCACUUACUGUAAAUCGCUCUAGAUACUAGUGUCUGCGAAAUGACUAAAAUGUAAAUGGUGACAUGUCUGUGUUGAGGUUUAUUUGACCCUGGUAGGGCCAGGUGAGCCCAUGGCAUUAGGUCUAAUCUGCUAAAUUACUAAACUGAUGUUAGCUUAGUUUGUUUUUUACACAAAUAAUGGUUCCUGUAUUUCUGCUGCUGCUAUGCAACAACAGAACAGGAUAAUCCAUCAAGGAUAAUAUAUUCAAAGGUUUCCUUUACUUUUAGCUAAUGAAAAUGGGCCUAGUAGGACCCAGUAUUACCUCCUAGAACCUGCUAUGGCAUUUGUAAUAAUAAUAUGCCAUUUAGCAGACGCUUUUAUCCAAAGCGACUUACAGUCAUGUGUGCAUACAUUUUCACGUAUGGGUGGUCCCGGGGAUCGAACCCACUACCCUGGCGUUACAAGUGCCAUGCUCUACCAAUUGAGCUACAGAGGACCACUAGUAUCAUCUGCUGGAUUGUUGUUGUCUAAGUAAACAUCUGGUUGUUGUUUCUGUUGUGCUGCUGCUAGGCAGAAGGAUGAUCUGUUUACGGUCGGAUUAGUGCGGUUGGGUUAAAAAAAAAGUGACCUGGAUAUCAGACCAAGGGAUAUUUUAUAGUACAUACAAUGUUUGCUUCUGUUUAUUCAGAAGGAUUUCCUCCUGUUAUGUGGGCACCACAUCUCACAUACGUACAACUUUAUCUAAAUGUUUUGCUUGUUGCGUCACUGGGAAUCCUGACCUCCUUGGCCACAAGCAUUUGUGCACCUCUGCUUUGUACUAUUACAGUGAGGGGGAAAAAGUAUUUGAUCCCCUGCUGAUUUUGUACGUUUGCCCACUGACAAAGAAAUUAUCAGUCUAUAAUUUUAAUGGUAGGUUUAUUUGAACAGUGAGAGACAGAAUAACAACAAAAAAAUCCAGAAAAACGCAGGUCAAAUGUUAUAAAUUGAUUUGCAUUUUAAUGAGGGAAAUACGUAUUUGACCCCCUCUCAAUCAGAAAGAUUUCUGGCUCCCAGGUGUCUUUUAUACAGGUAACGAGCUGAGAUUAGGAGCACACUCUUAAAGGGAGUGCUCCUAAUAUCAGCUUGUUACCUGUAUAAAAGACACCUGUCCACAGAAGCAAUCAAUCAGAUUCCAAACUCUCCACCAUGGCCAAGACCAAAGAGCUCUCCAAGGAUGUCAGGGACAAGAUUGUAAACCUACACAAGGCUGGAAUGGACUACAAGACCAUCGCCAAGUAGUUUGGUGAGAAGGUGACAACAGUGGUGCGAUUGUUCGCAAAUAGAAGAAACACAAAAGAACUCUCAAUCUCCCUCGGCCUGGGGCUCCAUGCAAGAUCUCACCUCGUGGAGUUGCAAUGAUCAUGAGAACGGUGAGGAAUCAGCCCAGAACUACACGGGAGGAUCUUGUUAAUGAUCUCAAGGCAGCUGGGACCAUAGUCACCAAGAAAACAAUUGGUAACACACUACGCCGUGAAGGACUGAAAUCCUGCAGCACCCGCAAGGUCCUCCUGCUCAAGAAAGCACAUAUACAGGGCCGUCUGAAGUUUGCAAAUGAACAUCUGAAUGAUUCAGAGGAGAACUGGGUGAAAGUGUUGUGGUCAGAUGAGACCAAAAUCGAGCUCUUUGGCAUCAACUCAACUCACCGUGUUUGGAGGAGGAGGAAUGGUGCCUAUGAUCCCAAGAACACCAUCCCCACCGUCAAACAUGGAGGUGGAAAGAUUAUGCUUUGGGGGUGUUUUUCUGCUAAGGGGACAGGACAACUUCACCGCAUCAAAGGGACGAUGGACGGGGCCAUGUACCGUCAAAUCUUGGGUGAGAACCUCCUUCCCUCAGCCAGGGCAUUUAAAAAUGGGUCGUGGAUGGGUAUUCCAGCAUGACUAUGACCCAAAACACAUGGCCAAGGCAACAAAGGAGUGGCUCAAGAAGAAGCACAUUAAGGUCCUGGAGUGGCCUAGCCAGUCUCCAGACCUUAAUCCCAUAGAACAUCUGUGGAGGGAGCUGAAGGUUCGAGUUGCCAAACGUCAGCCUCGAAACCUUAAUGACUUGGAGAAGAUCUGCAAAGAAGAGUGGAACAAAAUCCCUCCUGAGAUGUGUGCAAACCUGGUGGCCAACUACAAGAAACGUCUGACCUCCGGUUUUGCCACCAAGUACUAAGUCAUGUUUUGCAGAGGGGUCAAAUACUUAUUUCCCUCAUUUAAAAUGCAAAUACAUUUAUAACAUUUUUGACAUACGUUUUUCUGGAUUUUUUUGUUGUUAUUCUGUCUCUCAAUGUUCAAAUAAACCUACCAUUAAAAUGAUAGACUGAUCAUGUCUUUGUCAGUGGGCAAACGUACAAAAUCAGCAGGGGAUCAAAUAAUUUUUCUCUCUCACUGUAAGUGUGUACAGCAGCUGACUAGCCUGGGUGCCUGUCUGUUUCUGCCCUCUUGCCAACUCCUUAUGGAAUUGUCAAUGACACCUAUGGAGUUGGCAAGAGAGCACAUAAGAAAGCGCAGAUCCAGGCUAGCAGCUGACUGUUCAUGACUGGUUAGCUGAAAUUCAAAGGAAGCAGAAGUGAGAGGGAGGCUUCCCUCCCCCAGUCUGUCAGUCAGCCAGGGUGAAUCUCAAAAGUCUUAUCCGUGGUUCUUUGGUUCCUCCCUCUCCACGCCUCUUUCUCAAGACGUCAGAGGAAGAGAGUAGAGCAUUGGAGGAGGAGAUCCAAGGUGAUUGUCUCCUCCAAUGUAUUCCUCACUUCCCUCUGACUUUUUCAGAAGGCAGCGAGGAGAGAUCAACGCCACAAGGAAUCGAGGAAAAUACUAUUGAGAUCUCCCCCGGAGAGAGACGUUCGUCCCCCAGCCUGUCAGCCGUCUUAGCGGAAUGGCUGUGUUUCAUUCUGCUAACGUAUUAAGAAGGGAGCAAGGAGAAAGGACAUCAGGACACUAUUGAGAGAUCCCCAGAGAUGCUCCUUCUUCUCCAGCCUGUCAGCCAGACUCGCCAUGGCCAGGCAGUGCGGCUGUGUUUCAAACUGCGUUCCAAAUGUCACCCUAUUCCCUACAUGGUGCACUACUACCCAUGGGCCCUGGUGAUUUCUUUUUGAAAUGUUUUGCCAUUUGGGAUGCUGCCUCAGUCUGCUGAGGGAUUCAACUUUUUGUUUAGCUGAUGUCUCUUUUUCCUCCUUACUUCAGCACCUCUUCAUGCAAACUCAGCCCUUUAGUGAGCCAUUUAAAAUGUGUUUUUCCUGUGUCUUCUUGGAAAAUGACAACCUGGCUGCAACAACAUAUUUUAGGCCGAGGCCUAUGUCUAAAGCAGGGCUGUUAAAUUCCGGUCCUGGAGGCCCAAAAUAUUUCAGUUUUUUGUUUCUACCUGGUAGUUAAUUGCACCUACUUGGUGUCCCAGGUCUGAAUUUGUCCCUGAUUGGAACGAAAGGAUGAAAAACAGAACUGUUUUGGCCCUCCAGGACCAGAAUUAAAUAGCCCUGGUCUAAAGCCUACAGUCGAGUCAAGAUACUUUUUAUGAAGAAGAUGCAUGAUGUUUUGUCGCAUGCUGCUGAUCGGUAAUUUCAAAUGUUGCAUAUUAUCAGUAAGGAUUGUAUUUCAGAUGGAACCGUUGGGAGUAAUGACUAGUAUCUUAUCCUAUUGUUGUAGCCUAGUUGUUGCAGUAACUUAAACCCCCAACACAUGUCUUCUCCAGCUCGUCGUAUGAUGAGAAGACAGGUCUGAAGAUCGCAGUGAAGAAGCUCUCCCGGCCAUUCCAGUCCAUUAUCCACGCCAAGAGGACCUACAGAGAGCUACGUCUGCUCAAGCACAUGAAACAUGAGAAUGUGAGUUCCAUCUCUUUAAAAGCUGCAGAACUGUUUGCUACAUGAAUCAUGUUGCUGCUGCGAUAACAAAUCUAGGAAUAUGUUGGUUGAAGUAUUCCUCUGCUCUAGUUCCACUUCCCUCUCUUUGCCUGUCUCUCUGGAGCUCAGUUCUCUCUCUUUCUCUCGCUCUCUGUCUCUCUCUGUCUCUCUGUCUCUCUCUCUAAAGCAGCAGAACUAUGUUGGCUACAUUAAUCAUAGUAUGCAACUGUGCUGCUGACUGAGAUAUAUAACUCUAGGAAUUUGUUGGUUGAAGUAUUCCAAUGCUCCACUCUGCUGAAACCAACUCAUUGUGGAGUCAUGAAAUCAUUGGGAGAGCUGAUACAAUCCUCCUUACUUGUUGCAUUGGCAUCUCUGUGUUUCAGGUGAUUGGCCUUCUAGAUGUCUUCACACCUGCUACUAGUCUGGAGGAGUUCAGUGAUGUGUGAGUUGAGUUGAAACUCUAAGGCCUACCCAUUUUCUUUAUCUACUGUAUGUUCCUUUAUUAUCCCUUCAUAACUUUCAUUCACUCAGCCAAUGCCUAUUGACAGUGCAUCAAUGCCUCACUUCAAACACAAUGAGUACACACAGUCCCUUUCUUUUCCCAGCAGCAGAGAUCAAACAAAGCCUGCUCUGCCUAGGAAACACCAGGGGUACAUGUGUUACUAUUUCCAGUAGUACUACCAUAUCUCCCUUCCCAACCUUGGAAAUAGUUACUCACUGCGUGCCUUGGCUUCAGGCAUUUACUGUUUGUUGAUGUUGAAAGUCAGUGAGAAGAGAAAUUGGACAGAUUGUUCAGCUAGUGAGUCAGUGCUGGCCGACUGCCUCCUCGUGUGUGUGUGUGUACUGUGUGUGGGUGCCUGGCUGAGGGAGUGUCAGACACACAAGCCUAGUCCUGUUGCUGCCUCUGCUGUAAGAAAAUACGCAGGAAAAGCCUCUCGUUCCUACGCAUCCUACUAUUUACCAUGUUUGGCUCGACAAUGACACCAAUGGAGUUGGGAAGAACACAAACAGAUCUGGGCAAGGCUAGCUCUCUGGCAGCUCCACCACCGGAAGAGGUAACUGUAGUGUGCUCUCAGCCUCCCCACUGUCCCAGAUAGAUUAACACCCUGUACCACGGAGUGGGGGGGGGGGAGAGAAGGAAAAAGAGAUAAAACAGCGGAACGGUUGCGGUGGAAGAAGUUCCUCUCACACAGAAUUAUAAGUAGUAGGGCUGUCCCCCCAAAAAAUAAAAUAAAUUCUUAGUCAACCACAAGUUGUCUGUUCUUUCGACCAAUCGAUUGGUUGACAUUUUUAAACACAUUUCUCCAUAUAUAGACACACCCAAUGUUAAAAUCAACUAUAUACAGUACCAGUCAAGAGUUUGGACAUCUACUCAUUCCAGGGUUUUUCUAUAUUUUUUUUACUAUUUUCAACAUUGUAGAAUAAUAGUGAAGACAUCAAAACUAUGAAAUAACACAUAUGCAAUCAUGUAGUAACCAAAAAAAGUGUUAAACAAAUCAAAAUAUGUUUUAUAUUUGAGAUUCUUCAAAUAGCCACCCUUUGCCUUGAUGACAGCUUUGCACACUCUUGGCAUUCUCUCAACCAGCUUCACCUGGAAUGCUUUUCCAACAGUUUUGAAGGAGUUCCCACAUAUGCUGAGCACUUGUUGGCUGCUUUUCCUUCACUCUGCGGUCCAACUCCUCCCAAACCUGGAGGUGUGUUGGGUCAUUGUCCUGUUGAAAAACAAAUGAUAGUCCCGCUAAGUGCAAACCAGAUGGGAUGGCGUAUUGCUGCAGAAUGCUGUGGUAGCCAUUCUGGUUAAGUGUGCCUUAAAUUCUAAAUAAAUCAGACAGUGUCACCAGCAAAGCACCAUCAUACCUCCUCCAUGUUUCACGGUGGGAACCACACAUACGGAGAUCAUUCGUUCACCUACUCUGCGUCUCACAAAGACACAGUGUUUGGAACCAAAAAUCGCACAUUUGGACUCAUCAGACCAAAGGAUAGAUUUCCACCGGUCUAAUGUCCAUUGCUCGUGUUUCUUGGCCCAAGCAAGUCUCUUCUUCUUAUUGGUGUCCAUUUAGUAGUGGUUUCUUUGCAGCAAUCUGACCAUGAAGGCCUGAUUCACGCAGUCUCCUCUGAGGUGCAGUUAACUCUAAUGAACUUAUCCUCUGCAGCAGAGGUAACUCUGGGUCUUCCUUUCCUGUGACGGUCCUCAUGAGAGCCAGUUUCAUUAGUGCACUUGAUGGUUUUUGCGACUGCACUUGAAGAAACGUUCAAAGUUCUUGACGUUUUCCGUAUUGACCUUCAUGUCUUAAAGUAAUGAUGGACUGUCGUUUCUCUUUGCUUAUUUGAGCUGUUCUUGCCAUAAUAUGGACUUGGUCUUUUACCAAAUAGGGCUAUCGUCUGUAUACCACCCCUACCUUGUCACAACACAACUGAUUGGCUCAAAUGCAUUAAGAAGGAAAUAAAUUCCACAAAUUAACUUUUAACAAGGCACACCUGUUAAUUGAAAUACAUUCUAGGUAACUACCUCAUGAAUCUGGUUGAGAGAAUGCCAAGAGUGUGCAAAGCUGUUAUCAAGGCAAAGGGUGGCUACUUAAAAAUAAAAUAUAUAUUUAUUUGUUUAACACUUUUUUGGUUACUACAUGAUUCCAUAUGUGUUAUUUCAUAGUUUUGAUGUCUUCAAUAUUAUUAUACAAUGUAGAAAAUAGUAAAAAUAUAGAAAAACCCUGGAAUGAGUAGGUGUGUCCAAACUUUUGACUGGUACUGUAUAUUUAACAAAAUUUUUUAUGGGGAAUUGGAAAUUAUGCAGACAAUUACAUUGAUGAAAGCCACAAUCUAUCUGCAAUAUUAAAGCUGAUCUACCCCCUUAAAAAAUAUAUAUUGACCAAACAAUCGACCAGUCGACUAAAUGGGUAAUCUAGGCUAUUUAUUGCUCAUGCAUAUCUGUGUACAGUGUACAGCACACAUGCCUGCAGGACGGAGGAGCACAGGGAGGGGGUUUCUAACUGCUGUCCAGAAAAACCCAGGAUAUUUUAUGCAGGUGCUGUAGCUGUGGUUCCCCCAACCCAGCUCCAAAAAUAUAAUGUGACUCACAAUGCUGUUCAUAGCUCCCCCUCUACCCCUGUAUAGGUGGAGGGGGAGGGAGAGAGGGCAGAGGGAGGGGGAGAGAGACAGAGAGCGGAAAAGUUCCAUGGAUUAACACUAUUUAUAUACCUAAUUUUCCAGGCCUCAACAUGAACCCUUCAGCCAGAGUUUCCCUCUCCCUGUUUGUGCCUUUGAUCUCAGUCAUAUUGAAGUAGCCUGGUCUCAGAUCAGUCUUUGCCAACAGUUUGCUAAUAUAGAAGGAGGGCAGUAAGGAAAAGUCCAGUUUAACCAGAGUUAUUUUAAGACUUUCCUCCUGUGUGGGAACAGUGCAUCUAUCAGUGGAACAGCAAUCUAGGUAUACCUUUCAUGAAGCCUCCAUGCGUGCAUACACAAAAAUGUAUGCACGCAUGACUGUAAGUCGCUUUGGAUAAAAGCGUCUGCUAAAUGGCAUAUUUUAUUAUUAUUAUGUGCUCCUCCUGUAUGUUUUGGCUCAUCUUCUUUCCCUCCAGCAGUGCUUACCACUAUUUGGAGCUGUUUAAACGACUGAGAUUAGAUUUGAAUUACAAAAAUAAGUGGGUUUAAUGGACCUGUAUCUGUGUGUGUGUGUGUGUGUGUGUUGUUUUAAUGACAUUAUUUGUGGAUGGAGUGUGGGUGAGGAGAAGGAACAGCCGCUCAACCGGUUUCAGCUGACUCAUAGGAGACAUAUGGGAGAACACUGACCUGGUGGUAAAUCCCGUGAUGUAUAGACGGGUGGGUUGUUCACCAUCAAUACCGAUGCGUGCACAACUACGAGGCAAAAACAGAUUGGGUUGGCUUACGAACUUGUAAGCUAUAUUUCAUCUGCAAAUAUUUAUUGAAAACAUAAAUUGUUCCCAAUAAGCACUUGUCUGUCAAAUACAUUGUUACAGUUGAAGAGAAGUAGUAGCAGGAGUGCUUCCACAACAACCACAGGUGCUCUUGGAGGGGAAUUGUAAUUGAAAAGGAAAAAUUAUAACCACAAAUGGGUGAUAAGUGCCAUAAGAAAAUCCAAGUCCAUGCACUCAUGUGGGUUUGAAAGGUAAAAAGCCUUUAAUGUCAAACACCCUGAUGAAGGCGUAAGCCGAUACGCAUUGGUGUAUUUUAAUAAUGUCUUAGCCCAUACAUUAAAGUCUUUUUAACUUUCAAACCCACUGGACUUAGAUUGUUUGUGCCACUUCACACCAAUUUGUGGUUAUACAUUUUCCUUUUGCUUUUCUACAUUGUUACAGUUGUUGGUUAGCUAGCUAGCUAAUUCUGGCCAUAUUAGCAUUGAUGUGACGAGUCAAAACGAGAUGGUAUCAAGAACAACGUACAACUGGCUGAAAUAUGUAAAUAUGGAAUAUGUAACAGUGAGAAACAAAUGGUAGCCUAUGUCUUAUACAGUGGAGUUGUUUUGUUUGAGCUCCUGUCUGGUUCUGAUUGGCAGGUACCUGGUGACCCACCUGAUGGGGGCGGACCUCAACAACAUAGUCAAGUGUCAGAAACUCACAGACGAUCACGUGCAGUUCCUCAUAUACCAAAUCCUCCGGGGGUUAAAGGUGAAACCACACGUGGACUUUUUUAAACAUGCUUCAACUAGCUGAACAUAACUGAAAGUAACUGCCAUUCACAGUAUUGUGUACAUCCCAGUGUUGUGUACAUUCCCAGCAGGCAAAACGUAUUGAAAUGAAGUCAUAAUUAUGUCAUUUAAACCCAUUUCUGGUCAUACUGAUGUCAUUUUACCCAGUUUUGCCUGUUGGGAUGUACCUCAGAACAACAAACCUCUCAGCUUAAACUUGUGAUUCGUGUCUCCUAAUUAUUGAUGUAAUCUAAUGCCUUUGCACUUCUUCCCCUCUCUCUGUCUCUCUCCUCAGUAUAUCCACUCAGCAGAUAUCAUUCACAGAGUAAGUCUCCUCCCUUUUUAAUUCAGUCCGCUCUGCUUUGAUUGAGCCCACACUGAAACGGUCCUUCUCUGUGACCGAUUUGACAACACUGUGUCUUGUGUUAGUUAAUAUAAUAUUAUAAAAUAUAUGCCAUUUAGUAGACUCUAGUAUCCAAAGAGAUUUACAGUCAUACGUGCAUACAUUUUACGUACAGGUGGUCCCGGGAAUCGAACCCACUAUCCUGGCAUUGCAAGGGCCAUGUUCUAUAUUAAAGCUUGUCCGGGCAAGUAAAAAAAAAAUAUAUAUAUAUCACAAUAUCAAACCAUUAAUCCGAUCAGAUUAUUAUCAAAGUGUCCCCCGUAUGCGAUGUGUUGUGUACUGUUCUCCCAAUCUCUGCAGAGCGCAUCGGAGUAGAUUUGUGCAUUGUAUUGACAGGCACCGCUUUGGCCGGCGAAAAAAAUAUUGUAAUAAUGCUGUUCUGUACUCUAUAUAAUUGUUUAAAAACCCGAUUUUAAUUCCCUAAGCUGUUAAUGAGCUAUGCAGUUUAUUUAACACACGCACACAUCCUAGUGUAAGCGGAAUAUCAACUGUCGGGCGGCAAGAGCGUGCAACUCCUCAUACAGCUUUGAUUGCUGCGUGUAAAGAUAUGUUCUAAUAAGCCUAGUCACUGCGCAACAUUCCUAAAUGCAAUUUCAGGAAAAGACGGCAAUCACAGUUUUGAUGACAAUUAUUGAAAAGAGCGGGAUCCUAGUUUUCCAGUGCUGUACGAUUUAUUUCUCAACUCCAACUGCGUAAUUGGCAGCGUUUUACAAUCUUUACAAGUGUCUGGCAUGACAAACAAACAAAAGUUGCAGCGUUAAACUCGUCGUCCAUUCGAUUGCAUAAACGGUAGGCCUAUAUUCACUGUAAAAUUCACACAAUUAAACUGUAUUUAUAAAAACACUGUACAAAUUAAGGUUUUAUUACUGUCAGUGGGAGUUUUUUUUAUACAUUAAACAAGCAACUAGAUCAUAUUUAGAGUCUGAUCUAGCUAAUGAUUAGCCAACAAUGCAGAUGAGCAACCACAUGCUGCAACCAUGUUUUUAGAUUUGAUUGGGAUCCCCUCACUUCAGCCAUGUAGCCACUAUGCUGCAUCAGGCGAUAAUGGUUAUUGCUAAAAUAGCACACCUGCCUGAUAAUAUUGAUACAACAGUAGCUAGGAUGGGGAGAGGUCUGUCUAUAAUAAAGCGCUGCUCUGCAUUCUUAACAGCACUAUCAACAAGGCAGGUCAUACAGGCCCUAGUUUUGUCGCACCUGGACUACUGUUCAGUCGUGUGGUCAGGUGCCACAAAGAGGGACUUACGAAAAUUGCAAUUGGCUCAGAACAGGGCAGCACGGCUGGCCCUUGGAUGUACCCUUGGAUGUGGUCCUCUGUAGCUCAAUUGAUAGAGCAUGGCGCUUGUAACGCCAGGGUAGUGGGUUCGAUCCCCGGGACCACCCAUACGUAAAAAUGUAUGCGUACAUGACUGUAAGUCGCUUUGGAUAAAAGCGUCUGCUAAAUGGCAUAUUAUUAUUAUAAUAUGUAUCAAUAUGUUAUUGGGCUCAUUUCUGGAGGGGAAUAUUACAUUUGAAACAGUUUCAUAUGUAAAUCUGAACCCCCCCCAAAAACAAUUGUAAAGUGGUUAUCCCACUGGCUAUAGGGUGAAUGCACCAAUUUGUGAGUCGCUCUGGAUAAGAGCGUCUGCUAAAUGACGUAAAUGUGCCCUUGAGCAAGGCACUUAACCCUAAUUGCUCCUGUAAGUCGCUCUGGAUAAGAGCGUCUGCUAAAUGACUAAAAUGUAAAAUGUAAAAAUGUAAGGUUCCUCCAGGAGAGCUACUGGGUGUGCAGGCUUUAAUUUGAGCCCUUCUCUAACACACCACAUUGCAAAAAGUCAGCUGCUCAACAUGACCUUGAUAAGCUGACUCGGGUGUUUGUGCAGGGCUGGAUACAAAGCCUGCACACCCAGUAGCUCUCCAGAUGGAGGGUUGACCACGUGUUUGUACAGUAGCCUAACAGUGCAGUUAUUUUACUUUGUGGGUGUUAAGUGCCUUGCUCAAGGGCACAACGGGAGGAUAUUAUACAUGGGAUCAGAGACCAGCAGUGGUUCCUUGCAUCGUACAACACAAUUUUCAGUCACCUUUUUGGCCCAUGGUGUUACAGCCCAUUUUAGUUUUGGACAAGUGACUUGAGCUAUCGGACAAGUAAAAAAAUCUGUCAUACUUGUCAGAAGGAGCUACAGUUUAUAAACCAGUUUUAAUUUAUGACUUGGCUGCUUGCUUCGCUUCCACAUAGAGGAUUCAGGCCAAGGCUUGCUCCUUAAGCAAACACUCUAAACAGCAGAGGAAGUAAAACCAUAAACAGGAGCUCUGUUUUGUACCAUGACUGAGUCGGUGAUUCAGGGCUGCUGUUUUGAAAGAACUGAUCUGAGAAUAAUAUUAGAUUUAGAGUAGAAGGAUUUGAUCAAUUAGAGAUUUACUUAGUCUUGAAGAAGCACUGUAGACGUUCUGUAGAAGCACUUCUACAGAUCGUGGUGGUUUGGUUUUAGAGGAUCUAGAUUCAAUUGAGAAAGCCCAUUCAGAUCUGGCCUCGUCAUAUGUAGGUCAGCUGUAAUAAUAUAUGAAUACUAAUAAUGCCUUGUCUCCCAUCACUCUUUAGGACCUGAAACCCAGCAACCUGGCUGUGAAUGAGGACUGUGAGCUGAAGGUAAGGGAGUUUAUUAUAAGCCCACUCAUUCAAUCUGUGUUCAUGCUGAACCGCUGGACAAGAGUGUCAGCAUGCCUGAGGGGAGUAACCAAGCACACCCUGAUGUAACAUUGGUGGUAACGUUUUCUGCAAGGAGAGAACAGUGUGUGACCUUUUGUGUAGUUUCCUGAGGGUAACUCUCUUGCCAGUACCACAUGGUUUUGUUGUGUCUGUCCUCCUCAGAUCCUGGACUUUGGGCUGGCGCGGCACACUGACGAUGAGAUGACUGGUUACGUUGCCACACGCUGGUACCGGGCACCAGAGAUCAUGCUGAACUGGAUGCACUACAACAUGACAGGUAAAGUAGGUAGAGUCUCUGCAUCUGCUCACUGUAGUGCAGUACUUGUGAUCUUGGGCCAACGUUCCUACCAUGUGGAUGUCAUAAUAGUGGAACACUGUAAAUGGACAUACUGA